CACAAGACUGAUGAGUGCUCACUGAAAGAAAUGGUCGUGUAGCCAUGUUGAUUAGAAUGGCAGGAAAUACAUCAGUAGCAGCAAUCCUCUUGUUACUGGCAGGAGUUCAGGCUCAUUACAGUGUAACUCUCUCCUCUCAGAGUCUCUGUGCUUUUACUAGAACUACAGUAAAAAUCUCCUGUAAAUAUACAAAACCUAGUUAUUCCAGAGUCAGAGAGAGAGAGUGGUAUCAGCUCCAGAGCUCUGAUGGAGAAGAACAAGUCCUGAGUAAAGAUCCUGAUAACUCAGCACGAGUUUCAGUAAGUACACGGUGGAAUGACUGUGAUCUGACAGUGAGGGAUGUGAGAGUGAGAGACUCUGGAGUUUAUAACUUCAGAUUCAGAACAUCAAGCAGUGACUGGAUAUCAGCUUCAUCUGGAGUUAAUCUGACUGUUACAGAGUUGCAGGUGAAGGUAGAUCCUAAGACUGCAGGACAGAGUGAGGUGAAAGUGAUUUGCAGCUCCACUUGCAGACUCAGACAAAACCUUUACUACAACUGGUACAGGAGGAAAACGCGAUUCAUGUCACGUAUACGUGACAACUUCAUCCUGCUCAACCCAAAGAGCCUGACUGAAGGGGGCAGCUACUACUGUGAGGUGUCUGAUGGCAGUAUGUGGCACCGCUCAGACCCAGUGUGUGUUCUGGGAGACUGCUGGGGUGUGACUUACACUCCUGAACGUGUGUGUGCUCUGAAAGGAUCAUCAGUUGAUCUCUCCUGCUCCUACAACCCUGGAGGACACACAGUGACUAAAUCAGUGUGGUUCAUUAAAGAGCAGGCUGGUGCUGAGCCUGUGGAUCUACAAAAGGAUGCAAAGUAUCAGGGACGAGUGCAGUACAGACAGAGCGUCCAGAAUGACUGUAGUAUGAGAAUCACUCACCUGAGAGAGAGUGACACUCAAACUUACAGAUUCAGAUUCUACACUGAUGGAAGCCAAUACACAGGAAAAGCUGGAGUGACUUUGUCUGUCACAGGUCUGCAGGUUACAGUGUCAAAUACACAUAUGGGAAAACAACUGAUGUGUAGCAGCACUUGCACUCUGCCGAACAAACCCACUUACAUCUGGUACAGGAAUGGAAAGCCUAUAGAUAACUGGUACAGUAAUGGGCUGUACCUGUAUGUUAGUUCUAUGGAUGCAGGCAGCUACUCCUGCGCUGUAAGAGGACAUGAGGAGCUUCACUCUCCUGCUGUCUGUGUUUUUGAUCAGAACAGCUGCUGGAGUGUGUCUUACUCCACACAGACUAUCUGUGCUCUGAUUGGCUCAUCAGUGGAUAUCCACGGUUACUACACCUUCUCUGAUCAGCUGCCUGACCCCCAGCUUGCCUGGUACAUCAAACUCCUCCUACAAGAAAAAGAGCUGAGUUCUGCAGAUGGCCGAGUAGAGUUUUUCAGUGACAGAGCUAACAUGAACACACUGAGACUGAAACACCUCACAGAGAGUGACUCAGCAGAAUAUCUUCUCCGAUUUAAAUCCCCCUACUGGUAUCACACACACAGCUCUCCUGCAGUCUCUCUCUCUGUCACAGGCCUGCAGGUGAAAGUGGAACCUGUUGCAGUCACAAUGUCAGAGGAACAGACACUGAUCUGUAGCAGCACCUGCACUCUGCCCAACAACCCCACUUACAUCUGGUACAGGAAUGGACAGCCUGUAGCUGUGCCUUACAUGCACAGCAGUUGGCUGUACUUGUCUGUCAGUCCUAUGAAUGCAGGCAGCUAUUCCUGCGCUGUAAAAGGACAUGAGGAGCUCCGCUCUCCUGCUAUCUGUGUUUAUAAUUGGAACAGCUGCUGGAGUGUGUCUUACUUCACCCAGACUAUCUGUGCACUGACUGGCUCAUCAGUGGACAUCCAUGGUUACUACACAUUCCCUCAUCAGCUGCCUGACCCCCAGCCUGCCUGGUACAUCCGAAUUCUUAGACAGGACACAGAGCUGAGUCCUGCAGAGGGCCGAGUAGAGUUUUUCAGUGACAAAGCUAAUAUGAACACACUGAGACUGAAACAUCUCACAGAGAGCGACUCAGCAAAAUAUCUCCUCCGAUUUAAAGCCCACCUCUGGUAUGGCAUAGACAGCUCUGCCGGUGUGUCUCUCUCUGUCACAGGCCUGCAGGUGAAAGUGGAACCUGUUGCAAUCACAGUGUCAGAGGAACAGAGAGUAACACUGAUGUGUAGCGGCACCUGCACUCUGCCUAACAAACCCACUUACAUCUGGUACAAGAACAGACAGCCUGUGUUUCACUGCAAAUCUGCCUCCUGCUCUGUAGCUGUGGUCAGUGGUGAGGUCAGCUACAGCUGUGCUGUUCAAGGCUAUGAGAGCCUUCUCUCUCCUCCAGUGUACUCUCCUAGAAACACCAGAGCAGUGAUUGUUUCCUCUGGAGAGAGAGUGGAGGGAGAUUCAGUGACUCUGAGCUGCAGCAGUGAUGCAAACCCUCCUGUUCUCAUCUACUCCUGGUUUAAGCAGAGAGCAGCUGCAGACGCACCACUGACAACAGGCCAGAAUUACACCAUCACCAACAUCAGCUCCCAGCACAGUGGACUCUACUACUGCACCGCUCACAACCAGCUAGGAGAGCACAGCUCCACUCCCACCCACCUGGACGUGUUAUAUUCCCCUAGAAACACCAGAGCAGUAGUUAUUUCCUCUGGAGAGAGAGUGGAGGGAGAUUCAGUGACUCUGAGCUGCAGCAGUGAUGCAGACCCUCCUGUUCUCAUCUACUCCUGGUUUAAGCAGACAGCAGCUGCAGACGCACCACUGACAACAGGCCAGAAUUACACCAUCACCAACAUCAGCUCCCAGCACAGUGGACUCUACUACUGCACCGCUCACAACCAGCUAGGACAGCACAGCUCAACACCCACCCAUCUGGAUGUGCUAUACCCUCCCAGACCACCAUCUGUAUCUGAACAUGUCUCUGGCAGCUCAAUCACACUUGUCUGUGUCAGUGACUCCAAUCCUGCCAGCUCUUACUUCUGGUACAAGAAAACAGGAAGUGACAUCCAACUCAUUGGAAACAGCACCAAUUUAACUUUAGCCACAAGAGCACAUGGACCUCUUUACUGCAUGGCAAUGAAUCAGUAUGGGUCAUACAACUCAUCUGUGUCGUCAUUUAUAUCAGGUAACACAUCUGCAAAAUAUGCAGCUUCUUCAGUCACUGUGAUUUUCCUGCUGACGUUCAUUGCUGCCUUUUUGUGGAUGAGGAGACGAGCAGCACCUGCCAGCAAGAGGGGUGAGGAGAAGAGUGGAAGGGAUGAAUGUGCUCCAGUGUAUGAUAACGUCUCAGCCAUGCUCAUGACUUCUGCUCCCACAAGAACAGCAGCGUCAGAUGAUGAGGUUGAACUUAACUACACCACUGUUCGUUUCACACGCUCUCCCCCUCUUUACUCCACUGUCCAACUGCCAAAUGCUCUUAAACAAGAUGAGGAUGUACAGUAUGCCACAGUAACCCUUUCUAAACCAAGAGCUAUUCGAAAUCCAAUCUACGGCACAGGCAAUAGAACCUGAGUAGAACUACUGCAUCGAGCACCAAUCUCUCCAAAAGACUCACCAUAUCAAAUAAGGGCAGAUACUCCUCUAAUUAUCAGUACAGCUUUCAAAGUGAUAUUACAAUGAAAAAAAACAAAUAUACACUAUAUGGAUGAAAGUACUGGGACACCUACACAUUACACCUACAGGAGCUUUUACUACAUCCUAUUCUAAAUCCAUAGGCAUUAUUAUAGAGUUGGUCCCUCCUUUGCAGUUAUAACUGCUUCCCCUCUUCUGGGAAGCUUUCUACAGGAUUUUGGAGUGUGUCAGUGUG